UGUCUGGAAAGUCUGUUUGACGAAACCAGAGCAGAAUCCCCGCAAUCAGUUUUAUCAGACUUUGAACUUGAUAAAUUGUUUAACAGCAGGGCGUUGUCCCCUGAAUCAGUGUCAUCAGAUUUUGACUUUUCGCUCCUGCAGGACUGGUUGGCAGACUUUAGAGCAUCCUCCCCAGAAUCUGUGGCAUCAGUGGAGCAGUGCUCUUUGCCUCCCCGCAUGACAUUUGACCAGAUGCGGACUCAACAUUGUAACUAUUACUUACAGUACUCCGAAAGUAGACCAUUAUCACCUUUUUCAAUACUGUCAGAUAUUGAGUAUUCCGGAUUUUGUCUGGAGGAAUUGUUUGAUGACAACAGACCAGAUUCGCCAGAUUUAUUUACUUCGCCGGUUGACACUAAACAAUCUUGCUUAAAUGCACCUGCAUGUCAUCAUCCUUUUGCUACCAAACCUCUUACAUAUGGUGAUGUUUUGAGAGGCAUUAGACCUGAAAAAGAAGAAAAUGUUGUUCUUGUUCAAAAUCAAUCUGCCCUUAAGUUCUCUUUCUCUGAAAUUAAACCAUUAUCUGCUGAAGACUCGGUUUCAGUAGAUGAUCCUCAAUAUCUGAUCCAGCUCAAAUGUGUCUCCGCAAAACCCACAUCCUCAGACUUCACGAAUGAAUACAGGGCAAGACACAAGCAUGUCUUUUCCAACUUAAUGUCACAUUUGUAUGAUCCAGUCUAUAAGGGAAAAUGUUCUUGUUGUAAAAUAAGUUCAAUUGAAGCUACCAUUGAAAACCAGUCUUGCAUGUUAAGCUGUAUACCACAAAAACAUGACAUAUUAGCUCCCAGCUCUGUAGAAAAACAUUCUUCAGUGUUUUCUUUUAGUUUUCAUAGAGCAUCAGAUGUCAAACCAGCUGAUGAGUUUCUGUCUCCAAGUGCUGUCAUCACUGGUCCUGUUUCACCAGCAUGUCAAAGCGAUUCUGGCAUAUCACAGUCUGGAACAAUUGAAACGGGAUCCACAGGGCAUUGCCAGCAUGCUAUGGAAACUAAAUUAAAUGACAGUUCUUCACUUUCAGAGUAUGGACUAUCAUCACCUGAAAUAUUACAUCCAGAUGAUGAAAGUCAUUUUUAUUUUACCUGUUUAUUCACGGACCAGAGGCCACCUUCUCCAGACUCAUUUGAUGAAUUCACUGCUUUAACUCCUGAUUCACAAAUUCCUCAGUUUGACUGUCAACCUUGUUAUGACAUGCAUUUGUCAGAAAUCAGAUCUGUUUCACCAGACUCCAUAAUGCUGGAGAGAGAUUCUUCUGAUUUGUGUCUUGACACUAUGUUUGAUGACAUCAGAACAGAAUCUCCCAACUCCAUUGUGUUUGACAAUGAACUUAAUGAGUGCCUCAGCGAUAUGCCAUCGGAUCAGUAUACCCAGUCAUUCCUUGAUUUCUGGCUGUCUGAGUUAAGACCAUCUACGCCUGAAAUUCUUAAAUCACUAGAUAUAAAUGAAGUUUCAAACCAGCAGCCAUGUGGGCCAAGUCUCCCAGAUGAGACUGUUGAUGCAGACAGUAGGCCUGUCUGUAAGCAAGUCUCCGAUGACUUAAUGGCCCACGUACAGGAUCCAGUCUAUAAAGAAAAACAUGUCUGUGAUAAAGUUCAUUUCUUUGAAGAUCCAGUUGAUAAAUUGUGUGAGAAGACUUGUGAUCAAAAGAAAAUUGAAGACUUAACAGUUAGCACGGGAGAGCCACAUGGCCCAGCCAAAUCUUGUCAUUCUGCAAGAACCAUACCUGACUCCAAAUCAUUACAGGAUUCCUCAGUAUCCGACUCUACAGUGCCUGUUCUUACAGUAACAGAUUCACAUCCUCAAAUGGUGAUGCCACCAACUGGAACUGUUGAGACAAGGCCCAUAGCUUCCUCCUCAAACACAAUUGACCAGUCUUUUUUUGUCAAACCUCCUCCCUGGGCAGCAAAGAACCUAGAUUAGAUCAUAUCAGGUCACACAGGAUUAGCCAGUUUUGCACUGAAUUGAGUCACAUCCCAUCUGUAGAACUAAAUUUUGAAUGUCAUCAUGCUGUCUGGCUGGAGGAGGCUUUCCAUAAACAAACUCAAGCAAAGAGAGAAUCAGUGCAACGAAGAUCACUUGUGAAAAAACAUAAAAGGACAGACCCUGAAUCAGAGUUAAAGAUGACACAACCCCGAGAUUCGUUUUCCAAGAACAUGAAAAGAAAAUCCAUGACUGAGGACAAGAGCAAAAGUUCCUCGGUGUCGGAAUCAACAGCAUCUUCCAGGACAAAUCUUUCAGAAUCUUCAAAACAAAAAAAUGUUCAUUUAGGACAGACUCAGGUGUUUCCAACCGAGUCACCCUCCUUGGCACAUGAUUCUAACACACGUUCCACUGAAAAACUAGAAUUACCACUUCCGUGUACCUUUGACCUAGGUCAAACACAAUCUGAAAUCACUUUGACAAAUCAAAGUAGCUCACCACAGGAAAAAGGUGAAAACAUGUCGUUUCCCGAACAAAUUGAAAAUUCUGGCUUAGCUAAAUCAAGCUCAGCAACCCCAGACUGCCUUUCUCAAACAGCUCAAGAAAGUCAGGACGACCAAAUCGUCAUGUUCUCAGAGUCCACUCCACCAUCACCAGAGUCUGGGUCACCUCAGCUUGACCAGCUGCUGUCAGAUCUGAAGGAGAUGAAACUUAAAUUCAGACCAGAGACACUUGACCCACGUCUUUCUGAAGUCAGUGAUGAAAGCCCUGGAGUUCAUCAAAUUUAUAAAUUUGAAGACCUUUCACCUGAUGAUCAAUGUCAUACAGAAGAUAGUGAUAACCUAAGAGUCAGUGUGUCAUCUGCUGUAAAGCUUGUAGAAGAUACUAAACACACAAAUGUGACAGUCACAGAGCCUGAACACUUACAGACAUCUAUUCAAGAAGAACCUGAAGUGGUCUUAGUCACUCCUGAUCUAACAAAAACCUCUGAGGCAAGUGUCCCAUCAAGCCUUGGUAGUAGCAAAGAUAGUCCUUUAUCCCCUUUUGAGUACCUUUCAACUCCAGAGUCUCCCCAGAGAUCAUGUGAAGUGAUGGAGUCACUGGACCCAAGUUUUCCUGUGGACACAUUACAGUCCAGCACAUAUGAUGAAAAUGCUCCCGAGACAUUUUCCUCAGUGUCAUCCCCCAAAUCAGCUGCAAAGAGUCUGUCUGACAUACCUGAGGAACAUCUGGCUAAUCUUUGUGAGGAAGAUCCUACAAAUGACAUUCUUCAGAGUCAAGAUGAACUCGAAUCAGCUACAUUAUCUAAAGGCUCAGUGGGUUUGACAGAAGAAAUCUCAACACAUAGUACCAAAGAUCAACUUCCAAAUUUAUGGGAGACAAGUUUUGUUGAACCCUCUCAGAUUGAAGAUGUCUCUUCUCAAUCUCUUUCUGAUUUGACUCCAGACACAGUUACAUCUGCAAAACAUUUUUGCUUUGAGGAACUGAUUCCGUACCCAUCUGCAGGGGACUUGGAGACAUCUUCAGAUGAGGACAGGCCAAGGACCAGUGGACAGCAUUCAGAAGAAUCUCUGACUCCAAUAGAUCCUGAGCGUUUUGGCUCUCAACCCACUCCAGUUGAACCCAAAGCAGAGGGGACUUCAUCAACCUCCGAUGAGGAGUACAGCAUCCCACCUGGGUAUGCAAAUAUCUCUCCUACUACAGCUGUCAAUACCCACAUGCCUCCAGAAUACGCAGAAGUUGUGCAUAGUGGUGCAGACAGCCCAACUGUUGAAUACUCUGACCCAGAGCCUUACUUUGACUGCAUACAGGCUGCAUCAGAUUUCUCAGAGACUGAGCUUGAUGAACCUGAGACAAGUACCAGGUCAAAUAAGGAUCAGCCUCAGGCUCAUUUUAGCCAUCCUAGAGUGCUAGACAAGGGGAAUCGAAGAGUCCUGUUAUCUUCUGGAAGUGAAGAUUAUGAGGAUGCUCCUCUUGUCUAUGAGCCUCUUUAUAAUGUACCUGAAGAGAACAAAGAAUUAUUACAACAUUCAGAAACAUCGGAUGAAGAAUUCACUCUGUGUGAGGCUUCACAACCGCCUCCUGUCUGUGAAAUUGGGGCAUAUGAUGAUACUGAUAAAUCUCUGACAAGGGAGAUCAACGCAGAGCUCGGAUCAAUGUCAGAAAGUUCAGAUGAUGAAUUUUUGACCACCAGGAUAGUGCGAAGGAGAGUUGUCAUUCAGGCUGAUGAUAUGCCUGAUCUCCCCACUCAGUCGGUGACGGAAGAAAAAUACAAGGAUGAAAAUGGACACAUUGUUGUCAAGAAGGUUACGCGUAAAAUUAUCCGCAAGUGUGUUUCCGUGGAUGGUGUGGAGCGUGAAGAGGUGUCAUCAGAAGGACCUCCCCAUGAGUCCAUCAGUAAAGCCGAGGGAGAUGGAUAUUCAAAGGUAGUGAAGCGGACCAUAGUGAAGAGUGAAGGAGACCACACUGAGGUAACAUUUGCUGAAUGUGCGGGAUUCUCAGCAUCAAGUCAGGAGACACCUGAAGGUUGUAAGGUCAGUCGCGUAGAAAGGACAACGGUGGUGGAGGGUGAAAGAACAAUGACACACCAAGGGGAUCCAUCUCUGGCCUCUGACCUCCCCUCAGCCCAAGACGACUUCAAACAGGCACUAGGUUAUAUAAGUGGUGUUAGUAGAACAGAGCUCCCUCAUGUGGUAGAAAGCGAGACUGUCAAAGAAGAUGGAACUGUGGUCAGGAGGUGUGUGAGUGUGUGAGACUGCUUGUAUUUUGUGAGAGUGAAGUUUGACAAUGACAGCCUUGCAUUAGGUUUGUCAGUUUUACUAAUGUUGACUAAUGUUGCUAAUAUUUAGAUCAUUAACCACCAGUGUUAGGGAAGCCGCUUUGAAAGCAUAGCUUUACAAGCUGCUAACUCUACCCUGGAAGAAGAAGUUGCAGCAUGGUAGUGCAAUGGUUAGCACUGUCGCCUCACAGCAGA